AUGCCUCGAAAUAUUCAUAAUGGAGUCCUUGACAUGUCUUUGACGGUCACGAGUCCGCUCACUCGGGGAAGGCUACAAGGAGACGGAUAUUUCUCGCAGGAAACUUCAAGAAAAGUGCUUCCUGCGAAUAAAACACCGAGAAAAACAAAAGCUCAACUUCAUGAAAACUCAUCUAUUAAAUUGCCUGUUCUCACAAGAUCAAGGAAAACCAAUAACGAAGAAAACAAAAACUUGCAAGUUCUUUUGCGCGGGAUACGAUGCUUUAACCUAACUUAUCAGAAUUUAUUGCCAGAAAUGCCACAUAAGUCAAGUCAGACCGAAUCUUCUGCCACUCGCGACUCACAUGUAUGUGUGUCCGAUGAUAGCAGAGAUAUCAAGCAAGAAAACGGGCCAAUUUGGGAUCAGAGCAGAGAAGAAAGUGUUCCGAUUGAUAAAGAUGUUGAAAAAGAAAAGGACAAUUUUUUGCCGCUUGUUUGUUCAAUCCUAGAGGGUCAACGAUUAAAAAUUCGCCAAAAAGAGGGCUUUCAAGCAAAGCGCAGUAAACAAUUCAAAUGUAAAUCGACGGAAAAGGAAAAGAAACCGCCAUGUCGGGCUGGUUCAACGUCUGAAGACUCUGACAUUGAAAGUGUUUUAAAGAGAUCGACACCGACAGAUUCAGAAACAUUUAGUUCCUCUAUUCCGGCGGUAACUGAACACGUUAAGCCAAGCAAGGGAAAUGCGCGAGCGGUAUUUCACCUGCCGAGGGCAGAUAAAUACGAUAUCACACCAAGAAACAUUAUCAAUAGCAAAACCUGUGCUGUGUUUAAAGAGAGCCAUAAGCAGUCCUUAUUCAAAUCAAGUUACAAAGACAGCUGGAUUCCUCUUAGGGACAGUUCAUUCAUCAGAAAUUCCGUGUUUAAAGCUAUCAUACAACAACCGGUUGUGUUUCUACGGCAACCAUCUCCCGUGGCUGGGGUUAAAAUGACUUUAUUAAAAGAACACGAGGCUACUAUAGCGGCAGCAAUCCAGACUGUAAAGAAAACAAACGUUCAAACUCCGUCUGUUGAUGCAGAGGUUUCACCACAUGUAAAGAAGUUUGUGAUUAGGCUGCCGCCGAUAUGCUAA